AUGUCUGACGCCGAUCUUGAAGCCGUCCGUCGGCUCCAAGCGGAGCGCAAUGCUGCUGCCGCGGGCAAGAAAGGUUCUAGGACCUUUGAUUCGUCUAGCCAGCGAACUGACAAUUCGACCAAGGCCUCCCUUACCGAAUCCUUUGAUACCACUUUAUACGAGCGGGACGGAGCAGACAGGUUCUCAGGCUACGAUACCUCUAUUGCCGUGAAUGGCGACGAUGAAGAAAUGGAAGACGUGAACGGAGGCCACAACUUGGUUGGCCAAUACACCGCAACCCGAAGUCAGAUUGAUGAGAUGGCUCACGGCAAUGGAGUCGAGGAGGAAGAUAUCAUGCUGGGCCGUGAGAAGGCUGCGCGAAUCGCUGACCGGGAGACUGACUAUCAAAAGCGUCGAUUCGACCGAGGCACACUGACCCCGACCCGCGCGGAUCCUUUCGCUGCCAACAACCAAGCGAAUGCCGAGGGGGAUGGACAGACCUACCGUGAGGUCAUGGCUCUUCGCGAGCUCGAAAAGGAAGAAGAGCGAGUCCAAAAGCUGCUUGCAGAGAAGCGGGAGCGUGGAGAAGAUGUCUCUGAGCACCAGGCUUCUCUCAAGAUGGUCGAAGGCGAUAAUGAGAAGACCGAGGCCGGUGCAGCUGGUGAAGCUGCCGGUAGAAAGCGCAAGAAGCGUUGGGACGUGGCAUCCGAGCCCAAUGGCGAUGGACAAGCUGAGGAAUCUGCCGAAGCGAAGAGCAAGAGAUCUCGGUGGGACCAAACCCCUGCCCCCGGUGCGUCGGAGGAAGCGCCCAAGCGCCGCUCACGAUGGGAUCAGGCGCCCUCUCUUACCGAUGCCACUCCUGUUGGCAACCAGGGACUUGCUACUCCCAUGCAUCCUUCCCAAGGCGGUGCUUUGCAACCAACUAGCUUUGGCACGGAUCUCUCUGGUCGGAACGUCUCAUGGUCGGACGAAGAACUUGACAUGAUGCUGCCCACAGAGGGUUACAAGAUCUUGGACCCACCCCCCGGAUAUGAGCCGAUUAGAAACCCCGCCCGCAAAAUGAUGGCCACACCAGCACCUAUGGCUGGCACCGUUGGUGGAUUCAUGAUGCAAGAGCCUGAGAGUGUUCGCUCUAUGGGCAAAGAGCUUCCGACCGAUAUCCCUGGCGUGGGUGAUCUGCAGUUCUUCAAGCCGGAAGACAUGGCCUACUUCGGCAAGCUUAUGGAGGCUGGAGAUGACAGCUCCAUGAGUGUGGAGGAAUUGAAGGAAAGAAAGAUCAUGCGAUUGCUGCUUAAAGUCAAGAACGGUACACCACCCAUGCGAAAGACUGCGCUGCGUCAACUUACAGACAAUGCUCGGAACUUUGGUGCGGGUGCCUUGUUUAACCAGAUCCUUCCGUUGCUGAUGGAGAAGUCAUUGGAGGACCAGGAACGUCACUUGCUCGUCAAGGUUAUUGAUCGAGUGCUCUACAAGCUAGAUGAUUUGGUCCGACCUUAUGUCCAUAAGAUUCUUGUCGUCAUUGAGCCAUUGCUUAUUGAUCAAGACUACUAUGCUCGUGUUGAGGGUCGGGAAAUUAUCUCCAACCUUGCUAAGGCUGCUGGUCUUGCCACUAUGAUCAGUACUAUGCGUCCCGAUAUCGAUCACGUCGAUGAGUACGUACGAAACACUACCGCACGUGCCUUCGCCGUUGUGGCUUCUGCCCUUGGUAUCCCCGCGCUGCUCCCAUUCCUUCGCGCCGUCUGUCGCAGCAAGAAAUCCUGGCAGGCCAGGCACACUGGUGUGAAGAUUGUCCAACAAAUUCCCAUCCUGAUGGGCUGCGCAAUUUUACCCCACUUGAAGGGCCUUGUCGAUUGUAUUUCGGACAACCUUAGCGAUGAACAAGCCAAGGUUAGAACAGUCACCGCGUUGGCUGUUGCUGCGUUGGCCGAAGCCGCGAACCCUUACGGUAUCGAAAGCUUUGACGAGAUCUUGAACCCUCUCUGGACUGGCGCGCGCAAGCAGCGUGGUAAGGGUUUGGCCGCCUUCCUCAAAGCGGUUGGUUACAUUAUUCCCUUGAUGGAUGAAGAAUACAGUAACUACUAUUGUUCUCAAAUCAUGGAGAUUCUUAUCCGCGAGUUCUCAUCGCCUGACGAAGAAAUGAAAAAGGUGGUUCUGAAGGUGGUAUCACAGUGCGCUAGCACGGAUGGUGUCACUGCCGGAUACCUUAAGGAACACGUCUUGACCGACUUCUUUAAGAGUUUCUGGGUGAGACGUAUGGCCCUCGACCGCCGGAACUAUCGUCAGGUGGUGGACACCACUGUCGAUCUGGGCCAGAAGGUCGGCGUCGGCGAGAUCUUAGAGCGGGUUGUCAACAACCUCAAGGAUGAGAGCGAGCCUUACCGCAAAAUGGCCGUGGAGACUAUUGAGAAGCUAAUUGCCUCCUUGGGCGCUGCAGACAUUUCCGAGCGAUUAGAGGAGAGACUCAUUGAUGGUGUUCUGUAUUCGUUCCAGGAGCAGAGCAUCGAGGACAUUGUUAUCUUGAACGGAUUUGGCACAGUGGUAAAUGCCCUUGGCACCCGUUGCAAGCCAUAUCUUCCCCAGAUUGUCAGUACCAUUCUCUGGCGACUAAACAACAAAUCUGCCACCGUCCGACAGCAGGCAGCCGAUCUCAUUUCGCGCGUCGCGAUGGUUAUGAAGCAGUGUGGCGAGGAUGCGCUCAUGGGCAAGCUCGGUAUUGUUCUCUACGAAUAUCUAGGUGAAGAAUACCCUGAGGUUCUGGGCUCUAUCCUAGGUGCCUUGCGGUCCAUUGUCACUGUGGUCGGUAUCAAUCAGAUGCAACCUCCAAUUCGUGACCUCCUGCCUCGCUUGACCCCGAUUCUUCGUAACCGUCACGAGAAGGUGCAAGAGAACACCAUCGACCUGGUGGGUCGUAUUGCCGACCGUGGCCCCGAGUCCGUUAAUGCUCGUGAAUGGAUGCGAAUUUGCUUCGAGCUGCUGGAUAUGCUCAAGGCCCACAAGAAGGGCAUUCGUCGUGCAGCCAACAACACCUUCGGUUUCAUUGCUAAGGCCAUUGGUCCCCAGGAUGUCCUGGCUACCCUCCUGAACAACCUUCGAGUGCAGGAGCGUCAGUCCCGUGUCUGUACCGCUGUCGCUAUUGGUAUCGUUGCCGAAACCUGUGCACCCUUCACUGUGCUUCCCGCUCUGAUGAACGAGUACCGGGUUCCUGAAUUGAACGUGCAGAAUGGUGUUCUCAAGGCCAUGUCUUUCCUAUUCGAGUACAUUGGUGAGAUGGCCAAGGACUAUGUCUACGCUGUCACUCCCUUGCUCGAGGAUGCCCUCGUUGAUCGUGAUCAGGUUCACCGACAAACGGCGGCCAGCGUGGUCAAGCAUAUUGCGCUGGGUGUCGUUGGACUUGGUUGUGAGGAUGCUAUGGUCCAUUUGCUCAACCUCGUCUUCCCCAACAUCUUUGAGACGAGCCCUCACGUUAUUGACCGCAUCAUCGAAGCCAUCGAUGCGAUUCGCAUGGCAGUUGGUGCUGGUACCGUCAUGAACUAUGUCUGGGCUGGCUUAUUCCAUCCCGCUCGCAAGGUGCGCGUACCAUACUGGCGGUUAUACAACGAUGCAUAUGUGCAGGCCGCCGAUGCGAUGGUCCCGUACUAUCCCAAUGUGGAGGAUGAUGGCAUGGAUCGACCAGAAUUGUUUAUCAUCGUCUAA